AUGCCUCUGAUGAACGAACUCGAGGCCGAGUACCCAGUUCGGCGCAUCCGACGUCAGCAUGGUCGGGGUUCCAGGGCGGUCGAAAGCUUGUUGGACCUGCAGGCUGCGCAAGAAGGGCGUGAGUUUUCCGGCAAGGGGGAUUCUGCCACCGUGAGAAUGCGCACCUCCGCUAACAUCUCCUCUUCGUCCAAAAGUGCGAUCAACAGCAACCAACGUGUGGUCCCUGUAGACGUUCGGGUGUUCUCUGUGGAGGGUAUCAGAGGGCUCGUGUCUUCGUUAACAGCAGACCGGAGCAUGAGCAAGACUGAACCUCGUGUCCUCAACCAAGAUCAAGUUACUUUGACGUCGCCAACUUCCCUGGUGUUGCUCGAGCAAUCUUUAGGACGGCCCGCAGUAGAGACAAAGUACUUGGAAUUUUACUGGACCGCUCUCCUUCCAAAUGGUCAGCCGUUUCCUCCGCGAGCGGCAAGAUACUCGACUACCAGCUGGACUGGAGUCGUGCAAGAUCUGUGCCUACUUGGCCAGGUGAGUGGGCAGCAGCAGAUCACCAUGCUAGGUUGGCGUUUGUACGGCAGGUCCUUGCAAGCACUCGCCAAAUCGAUCUCUGCCAAUGGCCAUGAGAGAAAUGACGGUCUGUUAGCGGCGUCUGCGCUCUUGGCUGGAUACGAGUUGAUCCAGACUGGUGAGGGUCGCCGCUCGUGGCUCCCUGGUCCCACCUGGCUAAGACAAACCGCUGGAGAGAGAGCCAUCAUCUUAGCGAGACCCCCCGAAAGCUAUGUGGAAGGAAACAAUCACCUUCUCUUUGUUGAUAGUCGCCUCCAUUUGGUAUAUGCGGAUAUCCACCGCCGAAAGCGAUCGAUAUUUAGUUCUUCUGCAUGGAAGUCGAUCCCCUGGUCCCUGCAUCCUAAAAGUCCCAGAGAUAAGUUGUUGGAUAUCUUGAUUGAGGUUCCAGGCCUUCUGGAAGACCUUGAGAGCCUGCUUGGAUGUCUGUCUGACGACGUGGAAAGACAGAUGGUCUUGCGUCAACAGCUCGAAGAAAAAUGUUGGGCCUAUCACAGUCAGUUGCAGACAUGGUCAGCCACUUCAGGCUUGUCGACAGUCGCUUUUGUGGAGGACAAGAUCACCAACAGAAACCAAGACAGUUCAGAGCCUUCUUCCGAACACUUCGCGAUGGCUCAUCUGGGAAUGCUCUACUGGGCAACGUGCAACAUCGUACAUCACGUUCUGUGGUACGUCGCUGGAAAAGGCCGUGCAGAUCUUCCAGGGUUAAUUGAUGCCCGACUGUACUGCCGGAAGAUUGUCCUGCUGAUGCCUUUCCUCCAACGCCCCGGCAUGGGUGCCUUUUUCUUGAACAUCGCAGGCUUCCCAGCCGCCGUGGCUGUGAGUUUCCUCGCUAGGCAAGAUCCACCAGGCCAGGUGUCUGAAGAGCGCAGACUGCUGGAGAAUGCAUUUCAAGACCACCACGGGACUCAGCUGCGGAACUUUCUUGGAACGUGGCCGUGGCGAACGGAUGGGGAGACGGAAAUAGUCAGCCGUACGAGAAGCGACAAGUAG